AUGUCUUCAGACUACGCCCUGUCGUCGGCUCACAAGGAGAUGCUCGAGAAGUCUCUUCUCGACUCCGAUCCCGAGGUCGCUUCCAUCAUGAAAGACGAGAUCCAGCGUCAGCGCGAGUCCAUCGUUCUCAUUGCUUCCGAGAAUAUCACAUCCCGCGCCGUCUUCGACGCCCUCGGCUCGCCCAUGUCCAACAAGUACUCCGAGGGCUACCCUGGAGCUCGUUACUACGGUGGCAACCAGCACAUUGACCAGAUCGAGUUGCUCUGCCAGCGCCGUGCUCUCGAGGCUUUCCACCUCGACCCUGAGAAGUGGGGUGUAAACGUUCAGUGCUUGUCCGGCAGCCCUGCCAACCUGCAGGUCUACCAGGCUAUUAUGCCUCCUCACGGGCGUCUCAUGGGUCUCGACCUUCCCCACGGUGGCCAUCUUAGCCAUGGUUACCAAACUCCACAGCGAAAAAUCUCAGCCGUCUCCACUUACUUCGAGACCAUGCCCUACCGCGUUGACCUCGAGACUGGCAUCAUCGACUAUGAUCAGCUUGCCAAGAACGCCAUCCUCUACCGUCCAAAGGUUCUAGUUGCUGGCACCUCUGCAUACUGUCGCUUGAUUGAUUACAAGCGCAUGCGUGAGAUUGCCGAUUCUGUUGGUGCUUAUCUUGUCGUCGACAUGGCGCACAUUUCUGGCCUCAUUGCGGCCCAAGUCAUCCCCACUCCUUUCCAAUACGCCGAUAUUGUCACCACCACCACCCACAAGUCUCUUCGUGGCCCUCGUGGCGCCAUGAUCUUCUUCCGCAAGGGCGUGCGCUCGGUGGACGCCAAGACGGGCAAGGAGACGCUCUACGACCUCGAGGGCCCCAUCAACUUCUCCGUCUUCCCCGGCCACCAGGGCGGCCCUCACAACCACACCAUCACCGCCCUGGCUGUCGCUCUCAAACAGGCCCAGACCCCGGAAUUCAGGGCUUACCAGGAAAAAGUCAUCUCCAACGCAAAGACCCUUGAGAAGACGUUCAAGGAGCUCGGCCACAAGCUUGUGGCCGACGGCACCGACAGCCACAUGGUGCUUCUCGACCUCCGUCAACACAGCCUGGAUGGCGCCCGUCUCGAGGCUGUCUUGGAGCAGAUCAACAUUGCUUGCAACAAGAACUCUAUCCCAGGCGACAAGAGCGCUCUUACCCCUUGCGGUAUACGUAUCGGCACUCCUGCCAUGACCAGCCGCGGCUUUGGGGAGAAGGACUUUACUCGUGUUGCUCACUACAUUGACGAGAGCAUCAGGAUCUGCAAGCAAGUACAGUCGGCUCUUCCCAAGGAGGCCAACAAGCUCAAGGACUUCAAAGCCAAGGUUGCCAGUGGCGAAGUUGCCCGCAUCGCGGAGCUCCGCAAGGAGAUUUCAGCCUGGACCAGCGUCUUUCCUCUUCCCGUUGAGGGCUGGCGUCUAGAUGCGGGCAUUUAA